AUGCGACGACGCGACUCGCGUUCGAGGUCCCGCGACAGGAAGCAGAGCCGGCGGUCCCGCAGCCGGAGCCGGAGCAGGGACAAGGCGAAGCGUAGGCGCGACCGAAGCCGCUCUGUGUCGAGCUCGGACUCGGACUCCUCUCGCGAGCAGCGGCGUAAGCGCAGGAAGGAGAAGCAAAAGCGGCGGAGCAGUCGCAGUCGCGAAAGGAAGGAGCGCAAGAAGGCGAAGAAAGAGAAAAAGAAGAAGGAGAAGAACGUCAUGCAGUGGGGCAAAUACGGACUCAUCCACGAAACCGACAUGUACAGCAAAGACGCCGAGUUCCGGGCGUGGCUCGUCGAAGAGAGGAUGAUCAACCCGGAAACGAUCUCGAAAGAUAACAUGAAAAAGGAGUUUGCGCGCUUCGCGGAGGAUUACAACACGGCGACGCUCCCGAAUGAAAAGUACUACGACAUGGCGCGCUACGAGGUGCGCAUGGCGGCACUGCGCGCGGGCGAGUUCGUCCCGCAGGGCGAUGGGGACACGUACGACCCGAUGGCGGAUGUGCGCGCGCUGGAGACUGAGCGGAGGCGGAAGACGAAGGGCGAUGCGGACCGGGAGAGCUAUCUCAACAAGGAACAGCUGCAGGAGUUGCGCAAGGUGCAGCAGGAGCGGGUACAGGCAGGCAAAAUGAAGAUUUUGGGCAUGGACAUCAAGCAGAAUAUGGGUGUAAGGAUGGACGGGACGAUGUUCGAUGGGUAG